UCGUCCACUUGACUUGACUCCGUGAUAUUGCAUUUCUCAGCCAGCUUACCCACCUUCUUUUAAACAUAACAUCUCUCAUUCAAAUCCAACCUUUAUACUACUCACUCAUUACACUCACCCUUAACUCAAACCAUAACCUACCCUUUCCAAAGCAAAAAUCCCAACCAAAGACACACACCACUACAGAAAGAAAGAAUGUCCGGCAGCGGCAGCGGCAGUGUCAACACCCCCCCCAAUGGGGAACCCCCCGAAACCGACCUCGACAGCAUCGGCCACCACUGCGACCUGGAAUACUGCCACCAACUCGACUUCCUCCCCUUCCGCUGCGCCUCCUGCAGGGGCGUGUUCUGCCUCGACCACCGCACCGAAUCCGCCCACCAGUGUCCUCGCGCGGGGGAAUGGGCGCGCAGCAGCAGCAGCGCCACCACCACCACCUCAACCCCAACCUCCGCCUCAACCUCCUCAACCCCCCCAACCAAACCAAAUAUCCACAACACAGCCCAAUGCAGCCACCUCGCCUGCAAAACCCUCAUCCACACCCUCUCCGAACCGGGCGUCCGGUGCCCCGAAUGUCGGAGGGAGUAUUGUCUCAAGCAUCGGUUGCGGGAGGGGCAUGCUUGCCAGCCUUUCCCCCGGAGUGGUGGUAAGGGGGGUGGGGGUGCUGGGCAAGGGCAAGAUACGCUGAAGUCGAUGUUCGCGCGGGUGCGGGGCAGCUUUGCUUCGCUUGCUUCGGGGGGUAGCGGUGGGGGUGGGGGGAAUGCAGGGAAGAGUCUAGGGGAUAAGAAUAAGGGGGCUACGGCUACGGCUACGGCUACGGCUACGGCUACGACUACGACUACGACUACGACUACCAAGAAAAGCAAGCCGGUCAAUCGCGCGAUGGCGGUCAACGCCCUCAAGCGCACGGCCAAGGGGGAUGCGGCUGUGCCUGCGGAGCGGAGGGUGUAUCUUUCUGUUGAGGCGGCGGCGGCGCCUACUAGGUCUGCUGCUGCGGCGGCGGCGGGGGCUGCGGGGGCAGGGGCAGCAGGGGCGUUUUGGUUCGAUGGGAAGUGGAAGGUCGGGCGGGUGCUGGAUGAUGCGGCGCGGAGGCUCGGAGUUGAGAAUGUUAAUAACCGCGUGGCUGGGGAGGAGGAGCGGCUGCGCGUGUUCCAUGUGGAUGGCGGGGUGUUUUUGGAGUUUGGCGAUACGUUGGGCGAGAAGGUGGUCGCUGGGGAUACGUUGGUUUUGUUGCGGGGGGCCGGGAUGAUUCUUUAGUUUGGGUGUCUCGGGUCUCGGUUUAUUUGGGGGG